GUACAGCUCAGUGGCUCGAGGCAGGACGCAUGGCAUCAUCGGCGGCCGUCGACGUUGCCGGAGCCGGCCGGCAGCAAGCCCUCGACGGCUCGAACCCGGCGGUGGCACGGCUGCGCGAGCUCAUCGGCGGCCAUGAAUCCACGGCUGGGUGGAGCAGGUGCUGGGAGGAAGGCGUGACGCCGUGGGAUCUCGGGCAGCCGACGCCGGCCGUCGUCGAGCUGGUGCAGUCCGGGACCCUCCCCGCCGCCGGCGACGCCACCACCGUCCUCGUCCCCGGAUGCGGCGCCGGAUACGACGUGGUUGCACUGUCCGGCCAUGGCCGCUUCGUCGUCGGCCUCGACGUCUGCGAGGCGGCCAUCCACAAGGCCAAGCAGCUGUCGGCGGCGGCGGCCGGCGGUGACGUCGGGAGCAACUUCUUCGCCUUCGUCGCCGCCGACUUCUUCACGUGGGAGCCGCCGGAGCCGUUCCACCUCAUCUUCGACUACACGUUCUUCUGUGCUCUGCAUCCGUCGAUGAGGGCAGCAUGGGCGAGGAGAAUGGCCGACCUGCUACGGCUGGACGGAGAGCUCAUCACCCUCAUGUACUUGGCUGAAGGUCAAGAGGCUGGGCCACCAUUCAAUACAACAGUGCUAGAUUACGAGGAGGUGCUGAACCCAUUGGGUUUUGUCAUUACUUGGAUCGAGGACAAUGAAGUGGCAGUUGAACCACGAAAGGGGAUGGAGAAAAUCGCAAGGUGGAAGAGAAUGGCAAAAUCUGACUAUUAAGAUUGUGGACUCCUGUUCGCAGCAUUAUCGAGAACUUAUAUCUGAGCAACCCGCACAUCUAAAGAUAAAUUGUGUCCCUAAGAAAAAUAAACAUCUCAUAAAAGGAAAGGAAGAAUUAAGAAGGGAAGAAAGUAAAAUAUUUGUUUAAUGGGCCUGGAAGGGUUUGUGCGUCAUUGUAAUGUAAUGAAUAAUGUAAUUCACACAUAUAUAUUCAAGUAAAAUGUAUGUGUGGCUUAAUUAGUCAUCACUGUAAAUUUAGGAGUAUGCUUAUUCCACUACUCCUGAAUAAAUUUCUUUCCUAUGAAUU